AUGCCUAAGCUCUGGCAGAUCCCACCUGUGAGCAACACGAAGUGGGACGCCACGGAGCUGUCUCAGUACGGCGUCCAUCUCGACGAGAUUGGCUCCCAGUGCCACUUCAUUUUGGGGAGAGAGCAGUCUGGAGACGGUCAUGGAGCAUUUCACCACACGAGGUUCGCUAUCACGAAGCUCGACAUUAGGAUGACGCUCCCCGCGACGGACGCGCUGCUCGCGCAGCAGCAGACGGACUACGGGAGCCUUGGGCGCGCGGCGACUGGGGUCAACACCAAGGAUAUCGGCAGACGCGUCGCGCAGUACUCGUGA